CCUAACUUCCGGCUACUCUUCCCCGUCCUCUACCUGUCUGACUGAUUCACAGUCCGUCCUGAGAUUUACAACCGUGUUCGGGUCCGAUCCGCAUGAGACAUUCACGCUCCGGGCGCUGUGGAUUUAUUGGGUAGGCUGGAAUCGUGGUGGGCAUCUCAUUUGUGCUGCGGCUCCGCCCGGCGAGCUGUGCUAAAGUGACUGGCAGAGUUUCUUCAAGGGUCCGACAGCCGCCGGAGUAGAGGCGCAGUCCGACCCCCCACGCCGGACAAAGGGAGCAGGAGGUGGGGGGAAAUAAGGGACAUAUUCGACUAAAGGAGCCCUAAAUGAUGGAUACCUACCUCCUCAAGCUCGUCGGUGCUCUGCUUAUGCUCGGUGGGUGCUUAGCCCGGGUGGUGACGGUGUCUCCAGGUCCGUUGAUUCGCGUGGAGAGCCAGCCCGUCUCCAUCAGAUGUGAUGUCAAUGAUUAUAUGGGCCCCCGUGAGCAGGACUUUGAGUGGAUGAUGUCUCGGGAAGCCAAUGGCCAGCGUGUCAAGAUCAUCUCCACCUUUGACCCAAGCUACUCCCACCCCUCACUCAGCAAGCGCGUGGCAUCUGGUGACAUCUCCGUGAUGCGUCUUCAGGACAACGUGGUGGAGCUAAAGAUAGCGGAAGCCAAGUCGCAAGACGCCGGCUUCUACUGGUGCCAAACACCAAGCACCGACUCUGUCAUCAGCGGAAACUACGAGGCUCAGGUCCAGCUCAUUGUCAUCCCCAACACACUCAAGGUCACACCUCAGACUCCGCCCUCUGUCAUCCCCGAGGGCAGUGAGGUCACGCUCUCCUGUAACGUCACCAGAGAACUCAUCCAGCCCACAUACCUGUCUGUCACCUGGUCACUGAAAAAAGGGGGGACAUCGGAGGAGAUUUUGACAUUUGGCCCACAGGGGGACGUAGUCACAGGGGCCAAGUACACCAGGCGUUACGCCGAUGGAUCCGUCCGGUUGGCCCCCGGGAAGAACGGAUUGUUUGAGCUUGUGAUUUCCAGAGUGACUACAUCGGACGAAGGGAUUUAUGAGUGCAACGGAACGGAGUGGACACAUGAAAAUGGAGGGAAAUGGAUUCAAAUCGUGGGCAAGACAAAGGAAAUGGGAACUGUGGCUGUUGUUCCAACAGGUCAGUCCCUCGGUGUGAAGGCUUUUUCGUCUUCCUCUCCGCCCUCAACAAAUCUGCUGCUCUCCCCUGGUGACAAGCUGACCCUUCUUUGCUCCGUUGCUGCCGACAACCUGCCCUCCCUGUCGCUCGAAGUGUCCUGGCUGGCCAACGGCCGCGAUAUCAUCACGAUGGAGCGCAGCGGGGUGGUGAUCGCCAAUGUGUCUGCCAGCUCAACACAAGGGAACCGCGGCGAGGCCAGCCUGGAGCGGAUCGGGGCAGACGGGUACAGGCUGACGGUGAGACAGGUUAGCGUGGAAGACGAAGGGACGUACACCUGCCGCAUCCGGGCCUUCAUCGGCAAAGGAGGGAGGAGCACGGGCGGAGGGGGGCGGUGGCACCUGGCGAGUGAGAAGAUGUCAAGCCCUGUGAUGGUGAAGGUGUCCCAAAUCAGACCCAGCUUCACACUGGCUCUCGAGUCCAUCCUUCAACCCCAGAUGACCAGUGAACCAACAGAGUUGGCUUGUCGUGUGACCAACAUUACACACCUCCCUGUGGGGGGCCGCCUUGGUGUGACAUGGGAGCACAUCACCCUUCCUGGUGCUAGCAGCGAUCCUCAGGCCACACAUCCCAUUGGCUCCUUGGACGGGUAUGGCAAUCUGUUGCCAGGAGCACUGUAUUCAGACAGACUGGACAGCGGCGUGAUGUCACUAACCCGAGUCCAGCCCGACACAUUCAAACUGCGAUUCCUCCGCACUCAGGAGAUCGACAUGGGGCAGUAUGUUUGUAUCAUUUCAACGUGGAGUGCCAACAGCCAGGGAGGCAUGGUGAAGACCGCAGAGAACCAGAGCUCGCCACUGACUGUGCGAUGGGACACAAAACGUCCGUCGCUGAACGUUGUAGCCAAACGCAUUCGUGAGGCUUCUGUGGGCGGGGCUACCUUCGAGAUGAGCUGCACAGUGGCAACGGAGAACCUGGGUGAGGCUGGCUAUUCGGUGCUUAUCCAAUCACAGGAGAGCCUAGAGAGCAAUGUGAGGACUAUCAUGACUCUCAGCCCUGACAACGUUAUGCAGCACGGGGGAGCCACAGACCCCAACAGGAGAGACAGUCUGGUUUUGGUGAAGUCCAAUUCGGCCGAGUUUCGGUUUCGUCUCGGGGGCGUCCAGUUGUCAGAUCGAGGUUUCUACUGGUGUGACAUCACCGCAUGGACAAAGCAACAACCAAGACAAAUGUGGACCAGAGCCACCAGUGCUGAGUCCAACAAAGUCAAGAUCGACUUCCAAGAGAACGGACCUUCCUUCUCCAUCGCCAUACAAUCCGACACCACUACUGUUUAUCCAUGGCAAACAGCCAAGAUGAAGUGUUCCCUCAGUGUCUCUGGAUCCUCACCAAAGACUGACGACGUGGCUUACGUGGUGCGUUGGUUUUUCACACGUCUCCGUGGCGCAGAAACCACAACUCAAGUAGCCAGCAUUGACCGCUUUGGUGUUGUGAGGAAAGAGCAUCGCAAUUCUUCCAGCGACCUUUCCAUAGAGCGCGACGAUGCAAACUCCUACACAUUAAACAUCCACAGCGCUCAUGAUAGUGACAGUGGGGAGUAUCACUGUGUCGCCACCCCCUGGUACCUGUCCGCUUCCACGGGAGCCUGGACUCAAGCUGGGGAGCUGAUGUCAUCACGGAUCUUCCUGACGGUCCGAUUCGCUGUGUGGGAGUCCCUUAAGUUGCCUCUCUUGUAUGGUGUUUCUGCAUCAGUAGGUGUCGGCCUGUUCUCGCUGGUCCUGGGUCUGGUGUGCGCUCAGUGCUGCUGCCGCAACGCUGCACACACUCCACGUUCACGCAACAAACUGAUGGACCUGGAGAUGGACUGACAAACACUUUCCCCUGCGCCUUCACACUGCAGCGCUCACAGGAAACACAUUGCGCACAACAGACACACUCCCGUCGACGACUUCUGGGACAGCCAUUUGUUUCCAAGCGGAAGACGUUGGGAGUAACAUGGACGAAGCCAUUGUAGCGCUUCGCCGGGCGCUGGGAACCAUUACAGCUCUGCAGUGGAGGAGCAGGGGGAUCCUUACAACUGGGAACUAGAUCUUAGUUUUCAGUUUUUCUUUCAUAGACACAGGAGAUCUCACUGCCACGUGGAAGGACCACUUCCCCACCAAACACUAACAAAGCAAGAGCUCAGGCUGGAGAAGAAGAAGCCCCUCAAAUGUGCAGCUGGGCUUUGGGGGUUCAGUUUAGUCAGCUUGAGUCUUGUUCCUUUUGGACACUCGGGAGGAAGCGUUGUGCCACAACGGGCCGCAGAAGCUUCGUGUCCUCCAAGCCUGCGUGCGAGGGAUUGCACUACCAACCCAGAGUGUUCCUACCUUAACAAAUGGACGAUAACUACCUUCUAUUCUCAGCUCUAGUCUUUUUCAAAUUAAGAGAUUUUAACGUCAGAGACAUUUUUAUGCUUCACGAGGAGACAUGCAGUCAAGUGUGUUUGUGCGUGUGCGCAAUGUUAUCACAGAAAUAUAUUGUGUGUGUGUUACGUGCACAGUGUGCGUGUGCAUGGUGUGUUUUAUAGCACCGAGUGAGCAGCAGGAGCUGUUUUCAGGGUUACAUCAAACGCUCCCAAAUGGUACUGUCACUCCACUAAUGUAAGCUUGUCAUGUGGUGAACUCCCCCCCCCAAAAUGAAAUGUCCCUUUUAUUUAGCCCCUGGUUGAAAUAUUUCACUUCGCAGAUUUCCUAUGUGCCGUCUGUAAGAGAAACAAGGCAAGUUUACUCCACACUUAACUGAAAAUCCCAGAAAUCCCCCGAAUUUCCUGGCGUCUGUUGUUGGGUGUUGCAAAGAAAUGAACGCGUUGACGGAUCAUGUCGGCCGUCUGCGUCGAUGCACGGCGAAAUGUGUUUGUUUCGAGCUGCAAGGUGUGUGUGUUUUAUAGGACUUUCAAAUAGUAUUUCAGUCAAAUGCAGUCUGAACUUUAGGAGCAAUAUGGCGCAGCGGUUGUUUUUCCACUCUUGAGUCUGAGUCCUCAGGGCAUGAUUGACAGCGCCUAUGAAAGUGCGGCUGCAAUAUUCAAAUGAAGCACAGGUAGUCCUCGGGUUACGUACGAGUUCCGUUCCCAAAGACAUAUCAAAUACAGUCCUAAGAAGAUUACCAGGAACACUGGGGGGUGUUAUGAGGAGUGAGAGACGGGCUUACUCGGGGGAGGACGUCUCAAUAUUGAAACCGCUACGCUGCUUAUGCUGUUAUCGCUCUCCGUUUCAUAGGACAUUCACACAUCCUUUCACAUGUUUUAUCCAUGUUGGUUCCUCCGUGAUGCCUAAUUUUAAUGACACUUUCACUUUCUUUUACUGCCCCACUGCCUUACCCCAAAUUUGAGGUAUUGCUGUUAUUAUGUCUACUGUAAUACGUGUGUAAAGGUAAAUAUUGGAGUGUUAUUUCAUGUCUAAAUGGCUCUCUUCCACUUGUAAAGAAGGAAUCCUACUACUUAUGGUCGCGGUAAACGAGGGACUACUCUAUUCACACGUAUACAGUAGUUCUUUUUGUACAGUAUUAAUAGUGGCAGCGCGUACGUAACCAUGAGGACCACCUGAAUAUGCAAUCAUUAUUUCACAUACACAGGCAAUACAGCAAAUAUUCUGUGCCAAAUGCUAAACUUUUAACACAAAAUGCCACUAAGACUUCCCUCCUUUCAUGUUCUGUCAUUUUAUUGCCACAAGUGUGAUGAACUGUAUUUUUUUUAUGAAUAAAUUUGUAAGAUGCUGAUCUCAAAUUGCGUGUUUAACACCCCCUCUAUCCCGACAAGCAGCUCUAAUAAAGCUGGCGUUUCUUCGUGACGUCUCUGGAUGUGUGUAUUUUGCAGACAAGAUGGAUUAGUGUGUAAAUAAGGCCGUCUGUGUUGUUUGGCCGGUUGGUUGGCGGGCGUUGGGGUGCUUGGCCCGCCUCGCCCCACAGUGGCCCCCUCGCUCUGCUGAAAAUGAGUUUUUUCCAAAGCAUCUGAUGUGGCCGUGAUGAGAG